UGGUAUGCCUCAAGAUGCGUGCUUUCACUCUUACCUCGAGAUAUGUAGAAACUCGGUACUUAAAGCACCGGCUUUAUACGAUGCCUUCAUACGCCUCGAGAUCAGCAAAUCAAUCCCCAAAUUCAUUCUUCUCUCCAAUUGCUCAAGAAACCCUCGCUUCUUCUCGUACUCAUCGUGCCCUAGUACAGAGAGAGAUUGAGGAAAUCGCUAAUUUCAUUAGUAUCAGUACUUUGUUUGGAUCAAGAAAGCUCCUAUUUUUUCUUGCUUUUUGCUGCAAGAUUAGUAUUUUGGAUGCCACUUGCAAAUCCGAAUUGAAGAUUGUGUUGCAGGAUUUGAAUUAUAUUAACAUCUGGAUAUACGAUGAAGAGACCGGCCCCGUGGGAAGCAUCGCUGGCUAUAUCUUCUGAUGACUCUUCAGGCUCUGAUUCUGAAGAUAGCAAAGAUGCUACCUCAGAAGCUGCUAGUGCAAGGAAGAAGAGGCAAGGUGUAAUUGAUUUUGAAGCUUUAAGCAAGCAUGGUUACAAAGGAGGGCCUUCGAUUUUAAAGGUUCCAGACAGAAAGGUGGAUGACAAGGAGCAAGACUGGUCCUGGUCGACUGGCAGGAAGAACAAUGAAGACAAUAAAACCUCAGAGGAGUCCUUUGAAGAGCGGGAGUGGACUCGAGCUGCUGCAAAUCAAGGUGAGAACCUUCAAAUUGUCACAGCAAAUUUGCAGGCGAAGCAGAUUGAGAGGGAGAAGAAGAGCCAGUCUUACUCGCAGAAGGAGAAGAGGAAGAGGGAUCUUGGUCAGGCAAGCAGAGGAAAGAACUAUGUUGAGGAAGAGAAGAGGGUACUCAGGGAAAGUGGUAUAUACUCAGGUUUCGACGCAUGAUUUAAUGCAGUUACUUGAUCUUGUUGGUGGUUCCCUCGUUAAAAUACGAUGCAUGCAUGAUUAUAGUAACAUGUUUUGAUAGGAUCAAUGUAAAUGAAUGUGGCAUGCUUGGUUGUGUAUAUGUGGAUGUUCUUGGUAAUCACUGAACUCGCUUGUCAGUUGCUGGUUAGAAUACAAAACAAGGUUUUCUUAA